AUGCAAUUCAUUUCUACUUUGUUGUUGGCAGUCUACUGCUUGCUUUUACAAGUUGAGGCUGCUCCAUUGGCCAAAAGAUACUUUGCGCCUUCAUCGCCAACCUUUUCAUUGAUUGCAAUCCACAAGGGUGAUAAAUUCAAUUCCCACUUGGUCAAGUUCAACGGUACUGCCAUCAAAUUGGGUUCAGAUGACAAGGCCUUUUUCGGUACUAUUGAAGCCGAUAAGGGUUACAUUUUGAACUUGCCAAAUACCAAUGGCUCAAACUCCUCAUCAAUCACCGACGUUGUUGUUUCCAACAAGACCCACCAAUUGGAAGUCACCACCAAGAAUGGCUCUGCAAGUGAACAUUUCGGUAUCACUAAUGGAUGGUUAACUUUCUUGAACUCAACCAACUUUUUGGCUUGUCCGGAAGUUUUGUCAUACUCCAACUCUUCCUCAAACAGUUCAGGAUCUGCUAGCAACAUCACCUCCAAAUCUAGAUCCAGAUUCGCUAGAAGGGCCUUGGAGAACAGCACUAUCCCUGCCAAUGCUACCGGCGACUGGGACUUGUACCACAACCCAACCAACCAAACCAAGUGUCCUGUUGGAACCGGUUACGACGUUAAGUUGUUGGUGCAAUUGAGUCUUCCAGUUUCAUUCUCACCAGAGACUAACAAUGGCGACCUCUUUAGCGGAGAGAGCAUUUUCAAGAGAUUAUUGAGAUUAUUCAAGUAA